AUGAGUUGCUCCUUUUUUUCCGAAGAUUCACAUUGUGGACCUGCACCGGGAAAAGAGGAUAUUACUAUCGUUCCAGUAAAGUCGUGUGCGAAUAAUAUAUUUGACCAUCUGUCCGCACUCGGUGUAAGUGGAAAAACGCAAAGUGGAAAUACGCAAAUUGGCGAAGCUGAAGUCCUUUUUAACCGUGGCGGUUUGAUCGCGCCCAGCCAAAAACAGGUAGACGAAUUGACUGUGUGCCCACGGCAUAGAUAUCUCUUGACAAAUGGAUGGCCGGGUAGAAAGCGAUUGACAUGUUUUCAUCCUGAUCAUCUGGGAAAGCGCACGAAGCAGAAUAAUGCUCGACGCGUCAACCUGGAAAUGUCGAGAAGCAUAUAUUUCUUGGAAAACCAUUCAGUUCCACUUGGAGCAGGUAUGAGAAAACAUUAGUACAUGCAUUGAUAGAACACCUCUUGCCGGAGAACAUUAUCAGUGACUUACAGUUAUCAUAACUGAGCUUGGGUAGCCUGUGAUUCUACAGAAAGGAUCUUAUUUUUUUGGUAUCUUGAGUAGAAACCCUAGUUUAUUUCCAUCUCGACUGUGUAAAGAGUGAGAAAGGAGUGAAUGUUCCUUAUUUUUCCACCCAAGCAUUUUUUGUGAGAGAAAGCAAAAUCAGGACACGUUAUUUAUUUAUCUAUUAAUUUAUUUUGCCUUGGCCUCGUUAGUUAUAUGUACAAAGUGCAGAAAAAGACACUACCAGAUACGACAAGCAAAGCAACUUGAGACAACUGUAGUGGUAAGUUCAUACUACCCUGACUAGCAAUUUUACAUUACAGUUAAAUCUGAAAAGCGAAUGACACAUAUAACUAAAACACAUAAAUAAAACGCAUAGUGGUUACUGUGUGGCACUAAAUUUUUCUCGUGGAUGCUAAAUUUUGCGGGGGUGCUUUGCGGGGACUAUGUUUUGAAUUAAUGAAGACUUAACAGCAAGAGAGGAUAAAGGGGACAGAGAAGGCAUUCCCCAUACACACCCUAUUCCUUAGGUAAUUCGUCUCGAGUUAUUUUUAACACCACAGAUCUCAAGGGGGAUUAGACAACAGCCAAUCACAUAGCGCGAAUGUGUUCCGCGUUGAUCACCCACGCUUAGAGGCACGCGUCCUUCACGCGAAACCUCCACGAAACAUCCACGCAGCCCGCGAGGUAACUUUAUCCCGAUUCUAAAAAUAACUCGAGACGAAUUACCUAUGGAAUAGGGUAUGUAUGGGGGACGCCUUCUCUGUCCCCUUUAUCCUCUCUUGUUAACAGCUAUUUCGAGAAAGGUUGUCGGAAAAAAUGUGCACGCGACAAUCCUGAAAGGUUUGGAAUAUUAUCAAUACACUGAUCCUGACACUGUAGCUGUCGAACCUACUUUUGUUGCUUUCCUUUAGCACUCGCAAACAUACGUCCAUGGCCUCUCUCGUGCCAUUCUUUCAAAAUUUCUUUAAAGAACAGUAAACUCAAAACCACCCACAACUAUACUUUGGGGAUUGUCGCGUGCACUUUUUCCGACAACCUUUCUGGAAAUAGCUGUAUACUCUUAGUAAGUUGGCGAAAACAAUUUUGUGUUAAUUACCAACGAUCAGCCUCGCGAAGGCGCACUGUGAGUACAAUAUAUAAUAAUUAUUUUUAUUAUACAUUGUACUCGCGUUCUGUCGUUUCAUUGGCCAGGUUACUCAGUUAUAUGCCAGCAGAUUACUGGCUACUCUGUAGGUUGGGCGCGCAAUGUAUGAUUUCCAACUAGAUAGCGACGUGUGUUUCUGUACGAUUGCAUGUUUGUCGUUUCUUCAAAGCAAUGUAUAAUAAAACAGGUAAAACAAUAAUUAGAUUCGGUUUUUGUGAUAUCCGAAAUAAUCAAGGUUUCGGUAAGUGUUAUCAACCUCGCCCUUCGGCUCAGUUGAUUGAUGACACUUUCCUCGAUCUUGAUUAUUACGGAUAUAUCACAAAAACCGAAUCGAAUAAUUGUUUAUUAUUUUCUCGUGAUGUUAGGAGAGCCCUCUUGUCAUUCAGGAUCAAGAGCCGUCAGCGUUAAUGACUUCUGCUAAUGAGUCCCCCGAGCUACCAAAUAUCAGCUCUACUUCAGCAUAUGAAAGUGAAGUUGACAUUUCAGCCAUGGAUUCAGUGAUUGAAACGGAGGACGAGGCAGAAACAAGCUUGUGGAUUGAUGAAAAAGAAUUGCAACACGAGAAGAGAGAAACGCUAACAAUGCCGUUGCAAAGCUUACUGAAGGUCGUUACAGCCCUAUUGCAUCAACACUAAACACUUCAUGGGAUGAUGUGUCAGUCACACAGCAAAAAUAUUACCAGCGCAAAAUGAAGGAGGUUAUUCAAGCAGCAUUAUCUGUUGUUGUUCCUGGGCAAGAAGAGUACAUGUGGAACUGUUUGCGAGAGGAAAGGGAAAUUGCAGAUGUAAGUGAGGAACCACCAGCGAAAAGAAAACGAAUAGACACUGGCCUUGUACAAACGCUUAUAUCUGCCCAUAACGACGCUGAAAACUGGCAAACUAAGCGCCAGAUUCUUUCCCUUUUUGUAAAUGACUUUAGCAAAACCGAGCUUCAAGAAAUGAUCUCAGGCCUAUCGAAAUGGCGGAUUGACCAAGCCCGUUGCCAUGCCACUGACGUAGGCGAAGGCCAGCCCAUUCAUGAUAAGCCUAUUUUUCGCGUACGCUUAGACCCCGUGAAGACGGAUCAUUUCGUUGACUACAUAUCAAGACCUUGCUUCUUACAAGAUGUUGCAUACGGCACCCGAAAACUGAAAAUAGACAGUGGUGGACACGCUGUAAUACCUGCAGUGAUAAGAACCCUAAUACCGUCAAGGAUUAUUGCACAAUAUCAAGCUUACUGUAGAGAAAUUGGUUUUGAUCCGGCAAGCGAACGGACUCUCUUCAGGAUUUUAGAAGUCUGCUCCGCUUCCAUGCAGAAGUCAUUGCAUGGCCUCGAAUAUAUUACCACGGACGGCGUGCAAGCAUUUGAUUCACUUGAAGACAUGGUCAGUACUCUCAAAGCUGCUAAAGCCGUAACUUCCAACUGGGAAAAAGAAGCCAAACAGCAACUCUCAGAUGCAAAGAGAUACCUUAAAGCCGACUUCAGGUUGCAUGUGAGCAAGGAUGAGAGGUGUGCAGACCAUUGUACAAUGUAUGCACUGAGUGACCCCAAUGAUCCUCCAUUUAAGGGCACGUGUAGUCAUGUUCACGACAUCCGCUGUGACGCCUGUCGUGGUCAUUAA